UGCUUUAUACCGUCGGUUGAAGGCAGAGUCCCCAGGCCUGGAGCUAAAGCAGGGUGACAUAUCGGUGAAGUUGCUCGAUAGAGGAGCAGUGAAGAUCCAGGGGGUGCUGGAGGCUCUAGCCAUUGGGUUCGGUGAUCAGACUAGGACAGUCGAGGCCUACGUCUUAGACUCUGCUCAUUGGGAGCUGGUUCUACCCCGAUGGGUGCUGGGUAACUGUGUUUGGGUGAUGGCUGGUAACGACUACCUACUCUUCGAUGAGCCUGAGGUCACCCCUCACGGGGGAGUGCAGGAGGCGAGGGAGAUAGGCGCUAAUACAGUCGAGAGAAGCCGAUCUCUCCCGACACGAAGAGUGUGGCCAGCAGUCGUGAAGGUCCCUUGGAUUGAUGAUCGUAGACCUAAGCAGAAUUAUGAUGCCAUCAGAGGCCGAGAUUUGAAGAUCACACAGAGGCUGGCCAAGAGACCUGAAGAGUUAGCAGCGUAUGAAGCGGCCGUGGACGAGCUCUUGAAGUCCGGGGCGGUCGAGGAACUCCCACUGGGGGAGGACCCGAGGAAGUGGGCCUACCACUAUAUGUGUGGGGUUCCGGUCUUCGCCAAUCAGCGAAAGUCCACACGCUGUCGUAUCUGCAUCGACGCUCGAGAGCUUAACAACUUCACGAAUAAAGAAGGGGACGAGGAGGCCGCGGACAUGGACCUACAGUCACGGAUUCUAGAGUGGCGAGCCUCAAAGAGAGUUGAUUGUGAGGACCUCAAGAAGGCCUUCUGGUCGGUUCACAUCGAUGAAUCGGAUGUGAAGUGGUUGGGGAU